GAAGUGUCUUUACUUGAAACGAGCUUAACCAUAUUUGUCAGUUAACGAUAUCGCAUCAGCUUCCCCAAACAACCACCCUUUCUAUCUCUCUCCCCUCUGUUUGUUUUUUUAUGUAUUAAUUUUGACUGAUUUGCGAUUAAUAACCUCAUCUGCUAACAUACCCCAUACCAUUCAAUUCCACAAUUUAACAUCCUCAUCUACCACCCCCCCCAACCUAAGCUAAAUUUACUCUUUAUAUUUCCCCAUCAUCCUUAGCUCUAUAUUUAUCCAAUCCACUCAUUUCCCUAUUUCUCUCCCUAAAUUCCAAGCCCUAGGGUUUUCAAUUUGUGCUGUAAAACUCGCUCUAGGGUUUGGUUUCGGUCAUGGGUUUUGAUUUGGUCAAUAAGGGUUUUUAUUUGCCUCCAAGGAGGAAGAGACUGCUUCUUCUACUUGCUGCGCUCGGUGUUUCUGGUUAUGGAGCUUAUAAAGUCUACCAUUUGCCUGCUGUUGUCAAGAAAAGGAGGAGAUUUAUGAGACUCGUGGGGGCGCUGAUUUCAAUUGCUGAAUUGCUCUCUGAUUCUGCCGACGCAAUUGGUAUUCUUUCUAGAGAUUUUAAACACUUUUUACACUCUGAUUCUGAUGAAAUUCCUAAUAGUUUUAUUCAAAUUUCUAAAAUUGCCAAGUCAGAUGAAUUUUCUGAGUCUUUGACUAGGGUGUCUCAGGCUUUGACUUUUGGGGUUUUGAGAGGUUAUAGUAGAUUUGAGUCUCAAAAUAGCAAGGGUCAGUUAGCUUCAGGUUUAAACAAUUCUAGUUUUACUGAUAAGGUUAUGGAUAGGGUUUUCUCUAAGGCGGGUACUGGUUUUGCUUCUGUUGUUGUUGGUAGUUUUGCUAGGAACCUUGUUUUGGGGUUUUAUACUGGUCUGGAUCAAAGUGGAUCUGCUUCGCCGGAUUUAAGUAGAUGGGUCGGUGUAGUUUGUGAUGAUCGGAGUAAGCAGCUUAUAGGUGAUUGUAUUGAGAAGUUUGUGAGUACUGCUGUUGCUAUUUAUCUUGAUAAAACAAUGCAGAUCAAUACGUACGAUGAGUUGUUUUCUGGGUUGACUAAUCCCAAGCAUCAGACUAAUGUCAAGGAUAUUGUAGUUUCUGUUUGUAAUGGUGCCGUUGAAACACUCAUUAAAACGUCUCACCAAGUUUUGACAAGUUCGAAUUCAAGCUCAAAUGUGAAUUCGAAUUCCAAUGGCUACAAGUGUUCGAUUGUUAAACAGGGUGGUGAAGGAUUGAAUAGGAGUGGAGAUGAUUUUCUUAAGCAAGAAAUGCAUUCGAAAGAUGCCAAUUCGUUCGAUGGGGUUCAGAGUGAUGGAUGGAUUGGGAAGGUUUCAUCUGCUUGGGCUGUGCCAAGUAAUAGGCGGUUUGUGCUUGAUGUUACGGGGAGGGUGACCUUUGAAACGAUAAGAUCUGUUGUAGAAUUCUUGAUCUGGAAGAUACAAGAUUGUUUGAAAAGAAGUGUUGAUGUGGUUCGUGAAGAGGUUGUAGACAGGGGACUCCAGGUUGUUAGAUAUUUUGGGGCCAAGUCAUCUGUUAUCGUUACUCUUUGUCUUGCCCUGUAUCUACACAUUCUGGGCGGCACCAGAGUUCUUUUAGCUGCUUAAAUUUUACAAGCCUGUCCAUUCCUCAGGAAUCAGACACCUUUAUUAAGAUAGAGAUGUUGAGUAUGUAUAUCUUUCUACCCUUAGUUCAAAUGCAGUAUUGGUCUCACAUUGUUGUUUUGAUGUUUGGCUUUAGCUUCAGGAGUUUCUUUCUGUUGUCCCGCGUUGUUGCGAUAGUUUCUCGUAUAUGUAAUUGAUUUUAAUCAUUUUUGUUUAAAUGUAGAAAAUUAUCAAGAUCCUCUAUAUUUGCUGUAAUGUUGAAAUGAAAGCAGGAGUUUUAUGUGUUUGGUCUCA